AUGCAGCGGCCGGGUGGUCGCCAUCGCCACAAUGGCCACUCUCUGCUCCGCAAUAACAAUUCCAUGGCCUCAUACAUCGCUUCUCCUCCGCCGCGCGCUGCCUCCACCGGCGCCUAUGCGGAAUACUCCAACAACAACAACAACAGGCCUAUAAAGGCCGAGCUGGUCUGCAAAUGGACGGACCACGAGCACCGUGACCGAACUUCAAAACAAAGGAUAUGCGACCAAACUUUCAGCUCCAUGCACGAGCUGGUGGACCACGUAAGCACCGAGCACGUCGCUGGGCUCGAGCCCCUGAGCCAUGUUUGUAUGUGGGAAGAAUGCCUGAGAGAAGGAAAGGCGUUUAAAGCCAAAUAUAAACUGAUAAACCACAUCAGGGUACACACUGGGGAGAAACCAUUCUCCUGUACUUUCCCAGACUGCGGGAAAGUGUUCGCUCGGUCGGAAAACCUCAAGAUUCACACGCGCACGCACACAGGUGAGAAGCCAUUUCAAUGUGAGUUCACCGGCUGCCUGCGGAAAUUUGCCAACAGCAGUGACCGUAAGAAGCACUCGCAGGUCCACACCAGCGCCAAACCGUACGACUGCAAGGCCCACGGCUGCUUCAAGUCCUACACACACCCCAGCUCCCUCAGAAAACACAUGAAGAUCCACCUCAACGCACUCAAGUCCUCUCCUACCUCGGAACCCAUAGACCUGUCAUUCACAGGGAUUCUUGGGAAACGUAGUUCCCGGGAUUAUGUAGCUUCGCGGACUAACUGCUCAUCUUCUAGGCUCUCGCUGCCUCCGGCGGUGUCCAACAUUAAGGAGUGGUACGUGUGUACCAGGACCACAGGUCAGGGACAGAACUACCUCCAACUCACAGCAGAUGAGAUCAAGUCAGAGCCAUGUAGCGGUGAUGAGGAGUAUUAUAAUACGACGUAG